AUGGCGAUGAACGGCCCAAUUAAGAGUGUCCUUGACAGCUCUUCUGUAGAGGAUUCUCAACCUUUCCUUCUGUGCAGCUCGUCGAGCCAGCUGGGCUUGUUUCUGAAAAUUAAGGAGGUGGUGGGACUGGAGGCUUUGACGAAACUGCAGAGAAAAGAUGAGGGGGUAGGGAGAGAGGAACCAAAAUUGAUUGAACUCAAAAUCGAUCUCAAAAUCAAUUUUUUCACAGUAACCCUCAAAUCUCAAAAUCGUCGCCGGCAAAACCCACUUCCUGCAGUUGAACCCAAGGAAAGUCAAGCAAUUGAGGGUGUGGUUGAGGUGGUAACUGACAAAAUUGGUCCUCCACAAUCCGGAUUGCUGUAUGAAACCCCCACCAUAUUGUCCACUACGGUUCACCUCCAAAUUGCAUCGCCUGCUCGCUUCCUGUCAAAUGCAGUUUCGCCACUGGCUUAUCCUGCUCGCUUCCAUUCUUGCUGA